UAGAUGCUUCCGAUUUGAUAGAUACAAAUAAGUUGCCCUAUGAUGAUACGUGCAUAAAAUAUCGCUUCUAAGUGCAAUUCAAGUGAAAUCAUCAUCGAUCAUCAAUAGCGCAGCGACUACCGACAAACGCUGUUGUACAGAAACUCAGAGUGUUAAAGGGAAGCCACUUCAUGAAUGCUUUGCACACGUUUGAUUCGGCGUAUAGACUAUUCGUGUCAAAACAUUGAAAUCAGUUGUCCAUUCUCGGGGUGCUAGUGAAUGCCACAGCUCGGCACAGUUUAUGUUUUCGUGAUCUUUGUUUUUCUAGCACGCCGUCUAGGAGGAAGGUCAUUGCCGCUCAGCUGGGGCAGUAAAUUUGGCCGGGAAUGCAAUAAAAUUGCUCGUACAUUCUCCAUAGAUCAGUUUUCGGUGGCUGUCAAAUUUGUUUUGCCAGGUACCGUAACGGAGAGAAAUCGAGCAUGGAUUAACAUUUGUAGCGCUCCCUGGUUAAGGCCGGCUAGCACCAACUCCGUAAAAGUACUUAUCAAAGAAUGCAUUGGUGGCGCAUCAGGAAAGUCAGGUAGUGGUUCGCAGUUUCCGCAUUUGCUACGCUAUUCCAGAUCAGUUCGUCAAAUCCACUCAACGAGGAUGGAUCCGGCCAAGUUUGGGCUAACCGAGGAAGACGUCGAGUUGAUCGUGAAACGUUAUCUGCUUGAGAAGCGCGAAAAGUAUAAUGCGAAAUUCCGAGUCCUAUCGUACCACAUCAAGCGGCUUAGUGAAGAACCGAUUGGCUACCUCGGGGAUCACUAUUUUCUGAAUGUUGUGCUUCGCGAAAAAAUGGUUCACUAUUCGGCCGAAGAAGAAGAAUACGCCGAAGAAGAGUACUUAAGUUUCUUUAUGAAAAUUUUGCCCGAACAGGUUCCAAAGCUGGCAGAUUACGUUCGUGAGAUGGGGUGUUUCAAGAAAGAAUCCCAACUUUACACCCAUUUGAUACCGAGAUUGCAAGAUGUAUCGAUUGGAACCAAACCGUUCGCUCCACGUGCUUAUUUAACCAAGGACGAUAAACUGUUGGUUUUUGAGAACCUGAAAGCCGAAGGUUACCGCAUGGUUCAGAACAACAAGAGUCUCUUGGACUAUGCCCAUCUCAAAGUGGCACUCAAAACCGUGGCCAAACUGCAUGCUGCCUCGUUAGUCCUUGAGGAAAGAACCAAACAACCGAUUACGCAACUUUACUCGGGUCAUCUGAACGAAAACGUCUACAUAGAUGACGAUAGAUACGUUCGCAAAACAAACUUGGACAAUGCUAUCAAAGCUCUGUGUGAAUUGAUCAAGCGUAUUGAAAAAUAUAAGACCUCCGAUCGUUUAGACUUUAUCCUGGAAAAGUUUCCCCAAGUGAUAAGAAAGAUUUAUGAAUUCGCAAAGCCUUCUACCGUAUACCGAAACGUCUUCAAUCAUGGGGAUCUGUGGAACAAUAAUCUUAUGUUUAAAUACGAAGAACUCAACUCUUCGCGCACAAGCAGUGAUGCAGGUAUCGUACAAGAAGCUAGUGCUAGCGUUCAGCAACAAAACGGUGGUCGAAGGCGACGCAAAAGGUCUUCCAUUCACCGACCGAAUCCUUUCAACUAUCCCGACAUCGAGCUACGGUCCGGAACCAUUCCAUCCAACUGUUUGAUGAUUGAUUUCCAAAUUGCACGUUAUUCGCCGCCGGCCUAUGAUGUAAUGUCCGUGUUGAAUACAACGACGACCCGGUUCUUCCGGGCUAUUCACAUGGACCGGUUGGUGGAGGUGUAUUAUGAAUAUUUGGCACAGCAGCUGGAAUGGUUCCAGAUCGACCUGAAAGAUGUAUUGUCGGCUGAAGACUAUCGGAUGUCGUGUGAGGAAUACAAGCUGGCCGGGUUAAUUGAUAGCGUACUGUUUCGGAUGCUAACGUUGCUGCCAAAGCGACUGGUGUCGGACUGUGAUGAAUGUCCGGUUCCGAUAUCGUUUGAAAAUUUAACGGAAAAUUCUAUCUUUGAAAUGUGCACCGAAGCGUGGGAUUCCUGUGACAUGUAUCGCUAUGUGAUGGACGAUUUGCUGGAAGAUCUCAUAGACACGUACAUUCUUUAGGAAGCCAAACGAAAAAUUAACGAUUAGGGUCCAGUCAAUAGGAUAGCUUUUUAGUUUAUUGAUAAAUUUAUUUAUAUUAAUUAAGGAUUGUCAUCGCCGCUAGACGGUAUUCUAUUGGAUUAUCAACUGUCCCGCUAUGCUCCCCCAGCACUGGAUGUCCUAACUGUUAUCACGAUUGCAACGGUCAGCGAUUUCCGUGCCCGAUAUCUCGACGAUCUGCUAAA